AUGGCCCACCUCUCUCCCGAAGUCAUUGUGUCGAUCGUGUUUGGAAUUUUCAUGGCCAUCGUGGCCCUCGGCGCAUUGGUACAGGUUGCGUACUAUGCUGCGCGAGGCUUUCGCACCGAGGAGUCUCGCUCCGACAGUUUUGAGCUCGAAGCCUGA